AUGGAGAAUCUCAAUAAUAACCUCCAAGGAACAGGAUGGAAGCAAGUUCCUGGUGCAUUGAAAUACGUUAGUUGCGGUGCCUUGGGAUGCUGGGGUGUAAAUAGACAUAAUCAAAUUUGGUAUCGUUCUGGUGUAUCAACACAGAAUUGUGCUGGAACACGUUGGACUCGUAUCGGAGGAAGCCUUAAGCAAAUCGAGGCUGGAGAAGUUGGUGAUGUAUAUGGAGUAAAUAGUAACAACGUGGUCUACCGUCGAACUGGUAUAACUACGGCAUCUCCAAUGGGCUCAGGUUGGGAAGUUGCUUUGUCGUAUGCUUCAUUCGUGACCACUGGCCUGAAUAAUAAGUAUGUUUUGAUAAAUGGAGCAAUUUUUGAAUCCAAAGCUUGUCGAAAGCAAUUUCCUUGAAAAUUCAGCAAAAUUCAACAGUAACAUGAUGAAAGAAAAAUGAUUAACAUUUUCCAAAUCUAGCGUAGUUGUUCUAUUUGUUUCUUGAUAGUUUGUAUGAGUGCUAUGUAGCGUAAAAAUAAAAAGUACGUUUUUGUUAUAAUAAAAACCGUAUCGCAAAAA